CCAAUCACAGAGCAGAAAAGAGGAGGGACAUUGCUGGAUCACAUAGCUUGGGCUUGUAGCAUCCCUGUAGCUCUUCUUGUCCUGUCUCUGAAUAAAAUGAACAGAAAAAAGCACAAAACGGGAAGAAAUGAGAUGUGAUUCUGUACGGUGAGGUCAAAUGUGCUGAAAGCAAGCAAAAUCUUUCAGUCUUCAGCCUCUCAGCUGGAGUGUUUGAGCUGAGGAACGAAGGAGGAGGGGUGAAAGGAGAAAAAUCACUCUCCUUUUUUCCAUCGGCUGCCUGGAGAACCUUGGAAGGACGUCAGCCGUGGCCAGAUUUCUCCAUGAACAGAAUUUCUGUCAGAAGUUUACCGUGAGCUGCUCAUGGCCGAGGCCUGCCGGAGCAUCGAGUCCCAGUAGGGUCACCAUCCAACGCUCCUUACAGCACCAUGAUGAGCACCGCCAAACCCCAUAUAUUCACCUCCACCCAAACCCUGAGCCCUUUCCCAGACCCGACUCUCCCGCUGACCACCCUCAACCCUCUUCUCACCAGUCCAGGAGAGGUAAAAACAUCAUCAGAGAACAUCACCUCCAGGAGCUCCAUCACCUCCGCACCUGGGCUAAACGGCACUCUGCUGCCCGUGGCGUCGGUGGAGGGCGCUGGGGUGGGGAUGGUGCUCGUGCCCUUCGGAAUCAUUACAGUCAUUGGACUCGCUGUUGUGGUGCUUCUAUACAUCAGGAAAAAGAAAAGACUGGAGAAACUGCGACAUCAGCUGAUGCCCAUGUAUAACUUUGAUCCAGCUGAAGAACAGGAUGAUCUCGAGCAGGAACUCCUGGAUCAUGGACGAGACGGAAGCCCAGCAGGACCAAACUCAAAAUUCUGACAGCAGCAUGCGCUUUAUUACUUGUGACACUGACUACUAGUCAGGGAGCAACUCAGAAACCGAGUCGACUUGUUUUCACAGACGUGGCUGAUGCUAUUAAUGCAUGACGACACUCACGAGCUGCACAGGACAAAAGAAAACACAAAAAUAUGGACACACACACACACACACACACACACACACACACACACACACACACACACACACACACACACACACACACACACACACACACACACACACACACACACACACACACACACACUGGCAUUCAGGAAUACUUGCAAUGAUAUUUAGUAUGACAUUAUAAAACAGGGGUCCGUUCUUCGUACCUCGCUUAAAUGAUCUAAGGAGAUUUGGCAGAUCUUGGAUUUUUCAAUCUUGAUAACUGAUCUCUGGCUAAUUUGGUUUUUCAGACAAGUUCGCGAAUCAGAUUAGAAUGUCUGGAUAAACUGAUCUGAGAUCGCUGAGU